GGUAAAGCAUGGCGGAGAGGUGUAACCCUGAUGCAGAACACGCUUGCGGCAUUUGGCCAAUGGACCGGCAAGAACGCCGGCCAGCGAAAGUGUCGGCGCAGGAGGAGAGAUUCGGCCGAGGAUGUGUUGUCGAAUUGCAGCUGAAAGACGCGGUGGUGCUGGAAAGGGUUUAGCGGCAACCAGAUUCCAACCAGAUUCAGGAACAGCCGUCCCCUGCACGUGUUGCCCCGCGUCGAGACGUGCAGCAUUGCUGCAUCCACCUUCUGCAUCAUUCGUCGUUCCCAGUCUGUACUCCGCUGCUUAUCCAUUCUAUCGAAGCCACAUAGAUUGCAUAUAUUGCAUAGAGUGGAGCUUCUUGCACUUUCAAGAGGUAGUACGAUGGUAUCAGCAUCCAAGCCUCUCCCAAGCGCUACGAGCCAAGAUUCAGCGGUCUUUGUCCAAUCGGAUCUCAAGCGUCCGCUCAGUAUGUUGGCGCUGGUCCCAAGAUGUCAAUACGGCUGAGCCUCAGACUGCCGGUGCUGCACCCCAUCAGCUUUUCACCGCUGUGGCGUGACAAGAUCUUAUCGGUCCCGCCGUUGUGUUAUCUUGGGUGUGGGGACAGACCCACUCCGGAAACGCCAUCUUUCCGUGUGUUGAGGACCUCAGCUGAAUGUCUGUGUUGGCAACUUUUGACGCGAGUUCAAAAGGCUGAAGAC